AUAUCUGUGUAGUGUUAGGAGAGCACUGCCUGACACAACCGUGUUCAAUCACAGCGCGGACCCUGUGUAUAAUGGUAGGUCGGUUCGAAGAAGGCAAGGACUGAUUAUUACCUCAUUCCUGGAAAGGUUUAAUUCUGGUGAAACCCUUGUUCAAUCACAGCGCGGACCCUGUGUAUAAUGGUAGGUCGGUUCGAAGAAGGCAAUGACUGAGUAUUACCACAUUCCUGGAAUGGUUUGAUUCUGGUGUAUAUAUUCUCCGAACUGGCGUGAAACAGUUCAUAUCGCUCACCAGAGAGCCAGACCUGAAGACAAUCCACGAGUAUAACGGUAUUGCUUUGGAAUUUCAUUGUGACGUUUGUGAACCAUGUGAAUCACUGGCAUCCAUGGAUACUUGUACAUAAUCCACAUGAUCCACCGACAUUAUCGUGCAGACAAUGUUAUCAUCGUCCACGGGUGUGAAUGAGCCAGUGAGUUGGGUUUAACGCCGCUUUGAACAGUAUUCCAGUUAUGUCACAGCACGGCUGAUCGGCACGAGCACGGAAAUCAAGAUGGCUAGGAGGACAAUCAAACCUAACUACUUCAUUGCCAUUCGUGUCACAGACGACGGAAUCAAAGAAACUUUUGACAGAGUUCGGGAGAGAAUAGUUAAGGAGAAUGCAAAAUAUCAGGGCGUGUUUUCAUCACGAGAUGACCUACACGUGUCCCUGGGCGUCCUCGCCAUUCAGACACAAGCUCAGCUCCAAACAGCGAUGCAAGCUCUUCACAGCGCCGCGGAGAACAUCAAAUCUAUGCGAACGAAAACCACGCUGAGAGUGAAAGGUGUCGGCACGUUUAACGGCUAUGUUGUAUACGGUGACGUGGAGUACGUACGUGAGCUAUCAGUGCUCCGAUCAGUGAUUGUUUCAAAUCUGGACGCUCAGGGGAUUCAUUGGUUGGACAGGGAGUACAGCCCUCACAUGACAAUUGCGAAAGUGACGAAGUCUUUCACUCACAAGACCGGGAUUACCCAUUUCGACCCCAACGUUUACAAAUUCGCGCAUGAUGUCGUGUUUGGUGAGGAGGAUGUUGAUGCUGUCAGGCUGUGUCGGAUUGGGUCCGAGAGGGGCCACGACGGCUUCUACGUCACUGACGCCACCGUUGCGGUGUAGACCCUUGAGUGAGUGGAUGAGUGAGUGGGACUAACAGUUCUGUAUACAGUAUGUAUAUAUAUAUACUCAUCGCCAAAAGAAACGCGAACCAUAGAAACAUAUAGAGAAGUAUGUACGUUUAGAAGAGAUGUUUCCAAUGUGUACCAUUUAAUGACAAAACAAACAAUCGGUCAAGUGUCACCAUAGUGUCUUAAUUCUUAUCCCGACAAGCUGCACGUGUUUUCCAAACUUGACACGCUAAUCCUGCACCAGACAAAUGGUGCAUCUGGAGUCAUGGAUCUAUGACGUCACGUGGGACAAGUUGAUAAAAUACGGUCACGUUUACUCGUCAUGAACUUGUGUCCUACAUGUUACAUGUUUACCUCUGACAAUGCAUGUACGGAUUGACUUUACUGUUAUUUGCGUUUCAGUCAAUUCUUAUUCCCAGAAUGUUUAUUUGAUCAUUAACCCCUAAAACCUGUAGGCAACGAUACGAAAUCAGUGCAAUAAUGAAAACCAACACAAGGAGUCUGCACCCAUUUAAUGUAUACUAAAUGCCCUUUAGAUCUAUCAAAUAUCAUUCACAAGCACAUAUUAAUUCAAUCAAUCUAUAUUUCUUAAUUUAAACACAUGAGUUGGGGGUAUAUAUAUAUAUAUCAAUGGGCAUGAUGACUGUUAAAUCAAAUCAAGUUAAGUAAUUGCAUGCUUUCUAAGAUUCAUAGCUUGGAAAAAGAACAUUGUCAAAUCUUUCAUUGUGACGGUUUAUUUCUAGUCUUUAUUAGAAAGUAAAAUAUAUUCAAGUGAAGUUCCUUGAAAAAAUAAUUUUUAAUGAAUUUGUUUCUUAUGUCAACAUAACAUGAACAAACAAGUUAAAGUUAUAUACACUACCCUAGAAUUAAAAUUAUAAUUACAUAGUCUUCUCUUCGGAUUCCACAAUGUCUUCCUGAUUCAGUGAGGAAUUGCUUUGAAUGUAUUUUAAACAAACAGUGCUCUCUAUUUCAAUUGUUUUAAUACAUGAAGAGUUAUUUGAAAUGUUUGACAAAGGUAGAGAUGAUAACCACUUUUGGAACUCUGUGUAAAAUCCGGACUAAAUCGCUACAGUGUUCCGUCCGAACAAAACCACACCCAGAUGAAUUAAUUAACUGUUUAACCCAGUUCGAUUUACCCGACGAUCGUAGAGUAAUAACAUCUUGUAGCAUCCUUUGGAAGUCUUGAGUGAGUGAGUAUGGUUUUACGCCGCUUUUAGCAAUAUUCCAGCAAUAUCACGGCGGGGGACACCAGAAAUGGGCUUCACACAUUGUACCCAUGUCGGGAAUCGAACCCGGGUCUUCGGCGUGAUGAGCCAACGCUUUAACCACUAGGCUACCCGACCGCCCCUUGGAAGUCUUGGCAUGGCGUCUGUUGUACAUUUAACCAGUAUUCAAUAACCUUUAUAUGAUCGUCAGUGUACAAUGGGCAUCUUCCACAUUCACAUUUGGAGUGCUAGGCUUAACGCCGAGAACGUUCUGACAAGUUUAAAAUGAAUCGUUUCAAUAGCAUCAAUAUUUCUGAAUCCCCACACCUUGGCUCCAUACAUCAAAAUUGGCCUAAUUUUACAUUUUCGAUUUACAUUUCCAAGUUGCUUAAGGUUUUGAAAAUUGACAAUUAAAAAAAUUCCUUGAUUGUAAUGCAGCGUUGUUAACUUGCAUAGACCAUGACAAUCUGGAAGUAGAACAGACACCGAGAGUUUAUAAAAUAGUAACGACAUCUACAGGUUGCCCUGUGAAACCAUUUUUCUCUUCUAAAUGAUCUGUCACCAGACUUAAA